AUGAUUCAUCUGAGCUCUCCCCUGGCAGCCCUGUGCCUACUGAGUAUUUGGACUAUAGAACGCGCCGCAGGCUGUGGUGAUGGGCAGGAUGAGGUGGAUGGUCGAUGCUGUGACCUGUGUCCCUCAGGUAAAUAUAUGACUGAGUUCUGCUCAGAGCACAAGCAGACCGUCUGUAGACCCUGCAAGGAGGGCUACUUCGCCGACCAAUCCAACAUGUUUGACAGAUGUGAGAAAUGCAGGACGUGUCAACAAAAAUAUGCUGAGAAAUGUACACCGACCGCAAAUGCGAACUGUUCGUGCCUCCCUGGUUUCCUGUGCUCCAACAAUGUCUGUUCAAAGUGUGAGGAAAACAAAUGCGUCAGCGGGGAGAAACCGAUGAGAACAGCCAGUCUCCAGAGUGACGGGUUGAUAGAGUAUUCAUAUCAGUGUGAGCCUUCAUGCACUGAUAACACACGUUUUAAUGAGAAAGAGGGAAUCUGCGAGACACACAGAGAGGGCAGAGACUCCGUUAACUUGAUCAUCGGCAUCGGCUUUGUUUUGCUCUCUCUCAUCCUCCUUGUGUUUCUGUCUAAUGCCUUUAUAAAGACCCUGAGGAAGCACAAAACAUAUAAAACUCCAGUGGAAGUCUUAGCAAUCUCCGCCAACACCAGUGACUUUCACCUGUCGAAGGAGGAGAGCGGGGUCGCGUUCAUCAUGCAGGAUGAAACCAAGCAAAGCAACAGUUUGAGCCUCACAGAUCUGGAAAAAGUCAGCAGUUCCAACUGCUCAGGUGUCCCUUAAGGGUGGCACUUAACUCUUUGUUUGCUCCAGUAGAGCUACUCAGUGUCACAAAAAUGUCUCAAGGAGGGCUGUGGUGUGACUGUACAGAUUAUUUUGUAAAACUUAUUAAGUCUAUGAAUAAAUAUAUUAAUACUUUUCAAAA